AUGGAUAUGACAAAAAAGAAAUACCUUAGAGGUGAAGGAACAAAUUUGAAGGUACUGAAGUUUGUUACAAUUUCUAAACUUGCUUUUAAUUUAGCUUUGAUUCUGGGAAAAUCUGCAGCAGCUGCCACUAAGGCUGAGAAGUGGCUUAUGCCAAGUGAGGGUGGUUAUCUAGAGGGUGAUGGUAUUGAGAAGACUUGGAGAAUAAAGCAGGAUGCAAUUGCCAAUGAACUUUCUCAAAUAAAAGAGGUGGUGGAUGUUCUUCUGUUUGUUUAUUUUCAGUUCUUUACCUAUGUUCGAAUCUUCUCAUCGUUUUCCGUUGUGCUUGAUAUAACAAAUUUUGGUCCUUACACUCUUGAAUUCACCCCUAGCGGUCGCUACAUGGCUUCAGCUGGACGCAAGGGUCAUAUUGCUAUUGUAGAUAUGAAAAACAUGAAUGCCAUUAAAGAACUACAGCUUCGGUUUCUUUUCCACGUUAGGGAAACAGUGAGUGAUGUAGUCUUCUUGCAUAAUGAACAGUUUUUUGCUGCUGCUCAAAAGAAGUACCCGUAUAUAUACAAUAGAGAUGGCACGGAGCUCCACUGCCUGAAGGAACACGGUGCUAUGCUAAAGCUUCAGUUUUUAAGGAAUCACUUCCUUUUGGCUACUAUAAACAAAUUUGGUCAGCUGCGUUAUCAGGAUGUUACCACUGGACAGAUGGUAUCUAAUCUUCGAACUGGCUUGGGUCGUACUGAUGUCAUGCAAGUGAAUCCCUUCAACGGUGUGGUUGCUGUCGGCCAUUCUGGUGGGACUGUCAGCAUGUGGAAGCCUACGAGUGCUGCUCCCCUAGUGAAGAUACUCUGGCAUCCUGGACCCGUCACAGCUCUAGCAUUCCACCCUAACGGCCAUCUAAUGGCAACUGCCGGUAUGGAGAGGAAAAUAAAGAUUUGGGAUUUGAGAAGAUCUGAGGUUCUGCAAACAUUACCUGGUCAUUGCAAGGCCUUGGAUUUUAGUCAAAAAGGCUUACUUGCUACUGCAACCGGAUCCUUUGUACGAGUUUUCGGAGAUCUUUCUGGAUCUCUGAAUUAUGGCAGUUAUAUGACCCAUUCUGUUGCGAAAGUAUACCAAGUAAAGAAGGUGGCGUUCAGACCAUACGAAGAUGUUCUAGGUAUAGGACACUCGAUGGGUUGGUCUUCUAUCUUAAUCCCAGGAUCCGGAGAACCCAACUUCGAUUCUUGGGUGGCAAAUCCGUUUGAAACAUCUAAACAAAGAAGAGAGAAGGAAGUCCGCUCUCUUCUUGAUAAACUUCCUCCGGAAACUAUCAUGUUGGAUCCGACAAAGAUUGGUUAG